AUGAUCUUCAAUGCGCGGGAUGGAUCUGUCCCAGGGGUAUCAUGGGCCUGGAAAAAGAUGCUGCGGUUUGGAGUCGCCUUCUUGUUUGUAAUAGGAUUUGUUGUCGUACUAUGGCCCUCAGUCGAACCAGUGAAAUUGCCGCUGGAGACAGCUGUCAACACAACCAUCACUGUCGGCCCCGAUGUCCCGUGCGAUCUCGAUCUUGAUAAAUUGGCAGACCUGAAAGUCCUUCAUGUCACCCAAUAUACCCGCCGAGAAAUCGUACUCGAGAUGACAGAUGAACCAGUGCCCUACACGCAGUGGCUUGACGAGCCAUUCUUGCAAAUGCCAAAGGGCACUGAGGGAGCGGCGGAUGGGUGCUCCAUUCCCGCCCCAGUGUCCUUGCGGGUCCCCCAGCCGCCAAAAUUGGCGGACGCAUCACACAUCGAUUUUGGAGUCGCAACCAGUGUCGAGAGAUUGAAUGAGUCUCUGAACGCAUUUGCUCACUGGGCUGGAUACUCGCGCGCUCGCAUUUUCGCACUUAUCGAACCGGAUAAGUCAGAAACCGGGAUCCGGGAUGUUCAGGCCAAGGCCGACAGUCUUGGAGUCAACCUCUACAUCACAGAGUCGGACGAUGACUACCUCAACCGAUACUUCGCGCUAAUCCCUCAUUUACAACAAAAUGCCCGGGAAUCAACCCAAUGGGGCUGUAUCAUCGACGACGAUACCUUCUUCAUGUCGAUGCCUAGACUAGUGAAUGCGCUGGCUGAAUACGAUCACACCACCUCCAUGUAUAUUGGCGGAUUGUCAGAGUCUAUCCCGCAGAUCGCGGCAUUCGGGAUGAUUGGAUUUGGAGGCGCGGGCGUCUUCUUAUCGAAACCCCUCCUGACGGAAUUGACUAACGUAUACGACGAGUGCUCUGCGAUGGAUUUCACGGGCGAUCGCCGCAUCGCCAUCUGCAUCUACCGUUACACCAAAACUCGACUCACGGUGGACCACCGUCUGCGACAAUUGGACUUGGUACACGACGCCUCCGGAUUCUUCGAGUCCGGCCGCGAGCCCUCCCUCACAGUGCACCACUGGAGGUCCUGGUUCCUCACCGACAUGCCGAAGCUAGCGGUGGUCGCUGAACUAUGCGGUGACAGCUGCCUCCUCCGCAAAUGGCACUUUGGCGACGGCUGGAUCUUGACGAAUGGGUUCUCAGUCAUCAAGUAUCACGCCGACCCAGACAAGGAUGACAUGUCCAUGGAGCAGACCUGGGACCCGCACAAUGGCGCCAAUGAUGAAUCUUACCUGCACGAGCUGGGACCCCUCCGUCACAAGGAUGAGGACAAGAAGAGCUUCCUGUUGGUGGAUGCCAUCCACGAGCCAAACGACCGUAUCACUCAGUGGUACGUUAAGCGCGAUGAAAAGAACGGCGAUCAAAUCUUGGAGCUGUCAUGGCGCUUAAGGUAA